UUUACGGCAACAACGCGUCCGCAUUUCUUAUGGGGAUUACAGUAGCGCCGAACAGCUGAAUCGAUCCGACUUUGUUGUGAAAGUAUGAAUCUAGGAAAUAGCCUGCACGGUAAUACAUGGGAAGCUCCCGGUUUGUGAAAUCGUGCCGAAUCUGCCCUUUCGUAAAUCGGUGCGGGAUUGGAGUGUGUUCUGGGAAUGAAUAUUCCGGGAAGAGGAAAAACGACGUUGCUGAAAUCUUGCAUUUAAAAGGCUUUUCAAUUCCACCUCCUUUAAAAUGAAGUGAACGAGUGAAUGUUUUCGGUGGCGAUCGUGAAAAUAGGGAGAGUGGGACCCGGAAGCAGAUGCAGGACUAAGCUUGUUUCGAUCUGUGCCUAUGGGAUUGGAGUCAGGAAUGGAAGAUGAAAGUGCAAGAGAUGGGGGAGACAUGCUUACGUCCAGCGAGGAUGAAGAUGCGGCCGAGAACGUGCGGGCCACGGAACUUCCACCCCGUGGAGUGGAAAGCCCCGACGUUGCAGCCGGCCGGCAGCACAGGGAGGAGCAUUCCACCCGGCUGGCGCCCGAGCACGGCUCCUGUUCGCCGCCCGCCAACCUACACAGCAACGAGCAGCGUCCGGCCGGGCUGCAGCUUUGCCCCGUACCUGCUGACCUACACAGCAACGAGCGGCGUCCCCCAGGGCUGCAGCCUUGCAAUCCGCCCGCCGACCUGCACGGCAACGAGCGGCGUCCCUCCGGGCUGCAGCCUUGCAAUCCGCCCGCCGACCUGCACGGCAACGAGCGGCGUCCCUCCGGGCUGGAGCCUUGCCCCGCUGACCUGCACUGCAACGAGCGGCGUCCCUCCGGGCUGGAGCCUUGCCCCGCUGACCUGCACUGCAACGAGCGGCGUCCCUCCGAGCUGGAGCCUUGCCCCGCUGACCUGCACUGCAACGAACAUCGUCCGGCCGGGCUGGAGCCUUGCCCCGCUGACCUGCACUGCAACGAGCGGCGUCCCUCCGGGCUGGAGCCUUGCCCCGCUGACCUGUACUGCAACGAGCGGCGUCCCUCCGAGCUGGAGCCUUGCCCCGCUGACCUGCACUGCAACGAACAUCGUCCGGCCGGGCUGGAGCCUUGCAAUCCGCCUGCUGACCUGCACAGCAACGAGCAGCGUCCGGCCGGGCUGGAACCUUGCAAUCCGCCUGCUGACCUGCACAACAACGAGCAGCAUCCCCCCAGGCUCCAGCCUUGCCCCGCAGCCGCCGACGAGCACAACACCGAGCAGCGUCCCAGCCGCCUGGCGCACGGGCUCCAGCCUUGCCCGCCGUCUGCUGAUCAGCAGCAGCGUCCCGCCGGACUCGAACCCUGCCCGGAGCACGAGAGCCAAGAGAACAAUGAGGACUGUGCCCGCGUGGCCGCCCAGCAGGGACGCCCGUGGCCGGGGUCGGAGCUCUCGCAACACGUUUACUGCACUGUCUACUGUGUGGAAAACGAGAAUCACCAGAGCUCGGCACUAAAGGACGAAGGCGAACAGACCAAUUACCCCUCUGAAUCAGGCCGAUCCACACCGACCGCCCUCGGUCGCCAGACACCAACAACUUUAAGACUUUCCAUCACGGAACCCUUCAACAUCUCCCAGCAAAUCGACAUUAAUUCAUUGGGAAACCUUUACGUCGGAGAGUAUACACAGUUAAUUAUUUUGACCUGUCGAGUUUGCCUGGAUGAUAAACCCAUCCGACCGCUUCCUUGUUGCAAGAAGGCUGUGUGUGAAGAAUGUUUGAAGAGAUAUCUCAGCAAUCAGGUGCAACUGGGAAGAGCAGAGAUAAAAUGCCCCAUUACCGAAUGCAGCGAAUAUAUGGAUGAAAGCACUGUCAUCUCCAAUUUGCCUCGUGAUGAUAUUGUCAAGUACAGCUACUUCCUGGAGCUCAGUAGGAUGGAUUCGAGCACAAAACCCUGUCCUCAGUGUAAGCACUUCACUACUUGGCGACUGAAAAGCAACAUUCCAAACCCCACAAAAUCAGAGAACAAGUUCAAAAUUCAAUGUCCGGUGUGCCAAUUUGUUUGGUGCUUUAAGUGCCACUCUCCUUGGCAUCAAGGCUUAAAUUGCAAGGAAUACAGAAAGGGGGACAAACUGUUACGUCACUGGGCCAGUGAGAUUGAACAUGGCCAAAGAAAUGCUCAGAAAUGCCCAAAAUGCAAGAUUCAUAUCCAGAGGACCGAAGGCUGUGAUCACAUGAAUUGUUCACAAUGCAACACUAACUUUUGCUACCGCUGUGGGGAGACAUACCGGCAGCUUCGUUUCUUUGGUGACCAUACUUCAAAUUUAAGCAUUUUUGGAUGCAAGUAUCGCUACCUCCCUGACAGGCCACACUUACGAAGAUUAGUUCGUGGUUCUGUCUGUGCUGGAAAGUUACUAAUUGCUCCCUUGAUGCUGGUUUUGGUUGUGGUAGUAGGAGCCAUAGCAGUUGUAGUAGGUUUGUUUAUCUUUCCUAUCUAUUACAUUUGUAAGAAGCAAAGGAAACGGUCACAGACUGGUAUGUUCACGUAAAAUAAAAAGUCUUGUUUACAUGGGCAAUGAAGGAUGUGUCAGGGUCCUCACGGAACUCCACAGUGAGAAGCAAUAGCACGUAAUUAUCGACUAGACAUCGAACAAAUGUGAAACUGGGAAUGUUGCCAUUAAUUUUUUUUGUGACCAUAUUAUGAAGCAGUACACCAUUCUCAGAAUUCUUCCAAAGAACUAGUUCCAAGCACUGUGAUGUACAACUCGAGAAAGAAGAAAAGAAUCUUUUUUUUUUUUUUUAAAUGGAUGUAUCAGGAGUAAAAGAUUAGUGCUGAAGAAGGGGCUGUUUAACCAUUUUGCACAUGUUAGCUAUAAUCAUGGAUGGUGUGUGCCUCAGGCAAUGUUUGCACUUCCUUUACUGUCCUAACACUGACUUAAUGUCUCAAUUUCCGAAGAGUACGUAUCUCUGCACUAUUUGACAUUUAUGUUCCUUUUGUAAUGAAAAAUAUAAUCUCAAGGAAUACAUGUGGUAUGUGCUCCGUUUCAUUAAGGUGUCAUCUGUUUUGGAAUAUUUCUUCCAAUUGUUUUCUUUUAAUAGCCAUAAUUUGUAUGAUUGCAAUUGUAAUUCAACUCAAUCUAGCAGAGGUAAACUGGGAUGUUAAGGAAGGCAAUCUAAGUUGACUCGAUCAUUUUGUCCAAAGAGUAAACCAACCUGAUCACUAAAAGACUCAAGGAGCUUGAAUUUUAACCAAAAUAAUGUAUAUGGCAUUUUUUUUUUCAAUUUGAAGACUGCCUUUGCUUUUUUAUGGUAGUGGGAAUUAGUGGAAAAUAUGAAUGGCAAAGAUCUUUCAAAAAGCAAACUUUUUUUAUUAGUUGCCAAUUAAAUGACUGGGGGUGUGUCAUCAAUAUUUAAAAGUUGUCUAUUGUGGACCAGAAAUAGUAAAGGUAAAUUAUUUAAAAUAUUAAAGACAUUUUUAAUUAAAAUUUGUUUUUGGGUUUCAACAAUCCACUCUGUAGUUUUGGUCACUGGUUACCGAAGGGCUUAAAUGAGUCAAUAAGCACCUAGAGCUUUCCCUCUGGGAUACCCAGGCCAUGCGUAGAGCUGCAGAAGAGACCUGGUGUGCCAAGGCUGCUCUACCCAACCUCAAGUCAUGGAGAACCACAAUGUACUGAGUGAAAGUUUGAGUUCAUGGCAGCCUGGGUAUUUUCCACUUAGCUAAAUUGUCUCAUGCCAACUGUGACUGAGUGCCAGGAGAGUGGAGGAGAAAAAAACAUCUUGCAUUCCAUAUAAAAUCAUAACAUGAUGCCAUCAUAAGGCACAGUAACAUUGUGCCUUAUUAACUUUUUAAAGAGGAAAUCCCUCUACUGCUGAUACUUAGCCAUGCUGUAUGUAAGAUAUAUAUUAACUCUAUGCUGAAAUAAGAUGUUACUUGAUUGUCAUAUCAUAAUUUUAAAACAAAGAACCUUAAUAUUAACUUUUGCGGAGAACAGCAAAGAAGUUAAGUUGAGAAGAUGCUGUGGUUUUACUAGAAAUUUUUCUUCGUAGCUUUAUUUUAACUACACAAGAAUUAUAUUGAGCAUCCAGUAGCUCCUUUCACCAGCUGAUCCAUGAAAAUGAUCAGAAAAGUAGUUCUGAUUUUGCAAUACCUCAAAGUCAUUAACUAUUUAGUGCAUCACCCUUUAAACCAGUUCAAAGGUUGGAACGUUAUUUUGUUUUGAUUUAUCAAAACUGUGCUGAAAUGUUUAAAGAGUAAAUGUUUUAUAAAUUCUCACAGUUUAAAUAUUAAUUUGUAGCAGGUUAUGUUUCAAUCAAGUUAAUAAAAUACUCAGUAUUAAGAUUACCAAUCAUCCUGUACACCUGUUGUAAUUGGCUUUGUUGUUCAGAUUAUCUGAAAGUGGCUUAUGAUUACAGACAUUUAUUUUUAUAACUUCUAAAAGACCAAUACACAAUACAGUGCAAAUUAAAAAAAAAUAUUUGAUAGAUACGGUAUGCCACUGUAACCCCACCAAGACUUGGCAUGGGUAUGGCAAGCAUUUCUUUGAGUGUAAAGAAUGUUUUUGUGACUGGAUGAAAAUCAUACAAAUUGGGCUUGGAUUAUUGUUGUAGUUUCUGCAAAGUAUUGGAGCCAUUUAUAUACAAUCCAUAAGAUAAUUUGUGGUGAUAAAGAAGCAAGUUCUAGAUGCCUCUUUGCAAAUGAUGCUAUCAAAGUAACGAUCAACGAAUUGGCAAAUCCAGGAAGAAACCAUACCUUCACUGAGUGUGGGGUAGAGACCAGUGGCAGCACAAUUAAAACUUCUUCUGAUACUGAACCCCCCUUGGGAAGCAUAGGUCAUGGAAUUAACCUGCCAUCUACAUUUGUUUAGUUGUUUUGUUUUCAUUAACUGCUGGAUUUAUAACAGCAUUGACCUAAUUAAGUUUUCAAACAUUAUUUAAAAAACUCAAAGGACCUCCCUUGAUUAUGCAGAAUGUUUUGAUUAUUUGGAUAGUAAUUUAUCACGCUGUUCAUUUUAGAAAUUUUGAAAUAAAAAUCAACCUACAAUAACUCUACAAUAGGCAGCCAUCAAUUACUGAUUUACCGUCAAAGUGCCGAACCUGCAAAUUUGCCUCAAUGAGUACAGGUACUAUGAAAAACCAUUCAUUUUCAAUUUACAUGUUCUUUUGUUCUUGAAAUAUUGAUCCCCUGCUUACUUUAUUCUCUGAGAUGUCUUUGUUAACAUCCAUAUCUGAAGUGACGCCAACACGUUCCAUUAGCCUUUCUCUCCCUUGUUCUGCUUAAUCUGUAAGGCCUCCUGAGAACAAUCUUAAAUGCAUUUCUGCCUUAUUGAUGUUUCUUCUAUCAUUGUUAACAAGUUGCACAGGAUUGGUCAAAUUAGUUUAUUUACUCAGGGAAUGAGUUAGUUCCACUUUAGGCAGUGGUCGAUUCCACCCAUUGGUGGAGAAAAACCUAACCUGCUUGUAAGUUUAUAUUUAAAAAUAAAUCCCUGCAGUUUGCAACAGUUAGUAUUUAAGGCCACACUAGAUAGAAAUGAUGGUCGGGCAUAGAAUACAGAAAUGUCCUCAUGGGAUGUCCUGUUUGACCUCCAUAACCACAACAGAAAACCUCCUGUGUAUUCUUUUCAUAAGCAGGUUGCUCAUCAUUAUUGGAGCAGCCAAUCUGAAGAACUCCCCAGUAAAUUAUUUUAUUUAAUUGUACAGGCUUCUGGCCCUAUUUUUAAAAAGUAAGUCUGAUUUGUCUUACCUAGUACAAGACCAGCAUGUGAAAUUAAAUAAAAUGUGAAAUUGCUCAUAAUUUGAGCAGUCACGAGGUAUAAAAAAUGUUAUUGUUUUAUUCAUUAAGGGACCAGUUUAGCAAAACCACAGCCAACAGUGACACUUCAUACAGUACUUCCCCUUUCAAUCAGUAAUGUUCUGCUCGGGGUCACAUUCUGUUUUUUUUUUUCCAUUUCCUUUUGUGUAUCCUUUAUUUACAAGAUAAUUAAUUUUCCUAAAAAUGUUAGAAGAUUAAUGGCAAGAGCAAACUGAACAGUUAUGUAUUAAGUGAUUUUAAUAUAGGCAGUAUUUUUCUGCUUCUAAAUAUCUGCAGCAGAAUAAAAACUACAUAGUGCUCUUAAAUGAGAUGGUUUCUGAUCGUAAGUAUUAAUAGAUAAUUCAUUACCAAAUCAUGUGACUUUAAAUUUGACAUGGUUUUACAAGAUUUAUCUUUUUUACUAAAUAAAUUGCUUAAAAUAUGGCUGCAGCUAUUUAGCAAAGAUCCAGAAUGCAAACACAUAAAGAUAUUCAUAUUUUAAUGCCAAUUUAAAUUUCCUUUGUUCUCUCACUACCACUACAUCCCAACAUAAGAAAGUGGAGAAAAACUUGAAACUAGAGGUAUUUUGCACUUUUUUUUGUUCUUCUGUCAAUUGUAGGAUCCUGCUGGUCAGGGUCAGGGAAAAUCUCAAAAGUUUUACUUUUACAAAUUUCUGUGGAUUGUGCUGAGAAAGUAUAUUUACGCUUGUUGACAUUAAUUUUGUUUAGUUUUUUAAAAAAGGGAAAUGUAGUUGUUAAACCAAUUCUAUAAACCACUAUGAUAAUGAAAGUUAGAGUGCAUAAAUUUUAUGUGAAUGUAUCUGAUUAAUGGCUCAUCUGCAUUCAACAACUAAAAUUAACAGUGGGUAGUUUACGUGACAUGACUGGAGCUGAAACAACUACCAGUACUACUUCUGAUGGCUUUUCGUGCAAAAAGCAAUAGCUGAAAUAAUGUGAUUAAGUAUAUCAAAUGUACUAUUCUAGAGAGAAAAAAAAUAAAAGGGAAUUACAUUGUG